UCCGAUGUGCGGAUCCAAACCAAUGGCCUCGAAGAGAUACUAUAUUACUACGUACAUACCUAGUAGUAUAUAUGAAUUAACGUAAUUCGCCGUGAACGGAAAGGAGUGUAGUAUGAUUGAAAGGUGCGGAGGUGGUGGAUGGUAAUAUAGGUGAUAUCUUCCCCGAAUGACGCAAUCGACAGUGCAUGAAACUACACUCGGGCAUCCAACCUCUAGUGGACAAUAUAAUAUAUAGGUAAUGGAAGAUGCCUGUUAACUCAGGCCAAGCGUCAACAUAUAUCGACGAGUACAAUUUAACACCAUGUCUACUACCGUUACCUAUUUAGUUACGCCUCCCGCUGUGGCCCCCCCUGGGCAGCCAGAUAUUUCAUACGCACCAGACUUCACCAAAUACCAAGCUAGAAGGGACUGGCGUCUCAAGUCUGAUACGUUGCCAAAAGAGCUUCCGAAAGGACUGCCCCAGGAACUUACUGGGAAGUUGGUAUGGGAGGGAAGCACCCUUGCGAAAACAUACGACUGGACUUAUGUCUUAGCACCAACCCAGCUCGAUGAAAUAGAGCUCGCAGUCAAGCAUUUUAAGUCGCUCGGCUUGCCUAUCGGUUAUGUAAACCAGGAGACGUUCCCUUUACCAAAUCUUCACGAUGAGCUCCGGCGCCUGUCAGAUGAACUCCAUAAUGGCCAUGGGUUCUUCGUGAUUCGCGGCCUACGCGUCGAUGAACACACGCGGGAAGAGAACGUCAUCAUCUACGCGGGAUUAUCGUCGCACAUCGCUCCUCUUCGAGGCUGUCAAGAUAGAAGAUACGAUGGUAAACCUGCUGCAGUCACCUUAGCUCACAUCAAGGACUUGAGCGGCCCCGAGAGAAACGGCAUCAUCGGCAGCCCCGCAUAUACCACUGACAAGCAGGUAUUUCAUACAGACUCUGGCGAUAUAGUGGCUCUUUUUGCCCUGGAAACUGCCGCUGCAGGUGGUGCGAGUAAGCUCGCGAGUACAUGGAGGGUAUACAACGAGAUUGCUCGUACCCGUCCUGACCUCAUCCAUACAUUGACCGAGAACUGGGCUGUAGACAGCUAUGGGAAGUCGGACCCACAGUACACGUUAAGGCCAUUGAUGCAUUAUCUGCCCGCCACCGAUUCCUCUCCAGAACGCCUAGCCUUGCAGUAUGCCCGCAGGUCGUUCGUCGGGUUUGGCGCUCUACCUCGAAGCCCGAACAUCCCACCCAUCACUGAAGCCCAAGCUGAGGCUCUAGAUACACUGCACUUCCUCGGAGAAAAGUUUUGCGUCGAUACGUAUUUCCAGAAAGGGGAUAUCCAGUAUGUGAACAACCUGGCACUGUUCCAUGCGAGGGACGGUUUCACAAACGAGGGAGAGAAACAACGACAUCUUCUGAGGCUUUGGCUUCGUGAUCCGGGGAAUGCGUGGCAGACGCCGGAGGUGCUGAAGGAGAGAUGGGUUCAGCUUUAUGAUAACGUACCUCCUGAGUCACAGAUUCUGCCCCUUGAGCCAUACAUCCGAACCACGAGUAACGGGACAAAAUGAAGAGAAGG